ACCGGUGGUGGGAACCACUUUCACGAACGCCGCCAUCGCCGCUGCUUAUAAAAAGGCACGCACACGGCUCAAAACGAUUCAUUGCGUGCUCCCCGCGUUUCCAGUUUGACUUUUGCGUUAUCGUAGACAUUUUUCCCCUCCGUGACUAACUUUUCUUCCGUGCUUGUUGCGUUCGAUUUAAUUUUGUGCGUUCCGUUUCUAUUAAUAUUUACGAUUUGUGAUUCGCAUUACGUUAUUUUCUCGUCGGAACCGCAACACAAUGGCGUUCACGACAAGAUUAUGCAUGUUGCUGGCCAUCGCAGUCCCCAUAUUGGCACAAACCUUUAAACUCCCCAUAUUGGGAAUCGUUAAACUCUCCAUAUUGCCAAAAACCAAUGACCUCCCCAAUGAAUAUCCAGCACAACAUGAAAAAGACACCCAGGAUCUUGAAAAUAUAUUCUCUGAAACGCACAUGGAUUCCUGUCCACCAUUUGGACACUCGGACAACAGCUAUAACGUAACGGUGUUAGGCACUAUAGCACCGAAAAUAGGUGGAUGUGCUUCUAUGGUACGUGAACCAAACCCCUAUAUUACACCAUCGUUUAAUUUGUGGCUGGGCAGUCCCAAAACCGGUGGUGGAAAGUGCGGCGAUAAAAAUAUGGACCACUACAUUUUUGAGUGUAGGUAUAAAUUCCCGUCUUUCUCAGAGGAAGACACACUAGAGGGCUGGCAUGUAUUGUUAUACGACGAUGUAUGGGACGGACAUCCAGAAUUCAGAUGUGCUUUAUACGAAACGGUUAGAGAAGACCCACCAAUGUUCAAGAUGGUGAUUAGUGGGACCCACUCGUGCGAGGGUCUAUCGAAGAGAAUGGAACAAUCUGAGCAAGCGGUUCCCGAGGGGUCCCGACAUAUCGCCGAUGGAUCGAUAGCUCUUAUUUUUAGCAGAGAUUUCCCACUAUCACCAAUGUAGAGGAAAAAGCGGUCAGAGGAACAAGGGCCGUGGAUGCAGGUUACUUCAUAACUAACAUACUUAAUAUCAUAAAAACAUGUCCUUUUAUUUUUUAAGGCAAUAAGUUAGUAAAUAAAUAAAUAAAUGUCAUCUUAUUGUAAAAUAUAAAUAAUACAAGUUUUUUUUAAUAAUAAAACUGUAAAAUGAAUUUCCAAUAUGAGUAUACUUGUGUGUGGCACAUAUAACGCAAUUAAAUUAUUUUUAUAAAGUAAAUAACAUUCUCAUAAAAUUAUAUCAUACAAAUUCAUAAUUCACCAUUUACGUUACGAAACAACAGGUAAAAUUAAACACCAGUAGGUAUUACACAAUAAUAAUUACACCCUGAUCAUCUAGAAACAUGAUGAAAUAACAAUUAAUAUGUACACCACAAUGCAUCUGACGUAAUAGCAUUUGCAUCUCGAUGAUCCACGAAUAAUAUAAUACAAUAAUCGUCCAAUUACAACCACAUACCAAUAUUAUAUGGAAGAACAUAGAAGACAAUGCAGAUAUUUUGCAACAAGUGGAAAUAACAAACUUCACUAAACUUUAUAUAACCAACACCUACACGGAGAAGUGCGCUCUCGGAAUAGGUACUCGUUUUUCCUCUGGGCAUGCACACGUCUCAUUUCACAUACUCUACGGAUAUUCUAUGGACACUCUUCGGAUCAAUUGGAUUAUUUGGACGGACUUAUUACUUAUUACUAAAAAUCUUACUAUAUUGCGUUGAUGUAAACACCAGGUAUGAACUUAUACCGGUAUAUUCAUUUUAAUCUAUAUAAUUUAAAAACACUCAUGUUUUUUUCAUUACUGUCUAUAAUUUUCUCCUAUAUCUUUGAUACCAUUUUAUCCAAUCAUAACAUUUUAAUAUGCAUUUUUAACAAACUAAAUAAAGUAUAAGGUAAAUUAGUAAACAUUAUAAAAUAGUUGAAUACCAAUAUAAGUAGCAUUUAAAAUAGUAACCAUACUUACACAAAAUAGUUUAUAUUAAAUUGGAUAGGUAUUGUAGACUAAAAAUCGUAUGAUAAUAACGUGCAUCCACUCACAUAUUGUUAAAUAUUUAAGUAGGUACUUGUUUACUCAAAUAUUGUUUGAAAUUGCAUAUUUUAUACCUUUUUAUAA